AUGUUUGCGUUCUUCAAGUCCGACCCCCGGGGAAGCGAGAAGAAGGCUGCAACGCCAGUUCCAAGACCGCAUCUUCCUCAAACUGCCGUACCGAUACCCAAGCCUGCGACAGCCGCCGUGCGCGUCUCGGCUUCCAAGAGAAGUCGGGACUGCGACGAAGACUCGGAUGCGUCGCUAGAGGACCUCUUGCCGGCGAAACGAGCCAGGUUCGACUCGGACAGCUCGCCCGAAGACUCGGAGACGUCUCGCGACAGCCUGUCGUCUGCCUCGACCGGUGCGCCCUGCGCUCUCGAACAGGCGCAAGACAUCAUCGAACAUCAGUUCGGGCUCGAGGUGCUUCUCAAACACAAUGAGUUGAGACUAAUCAACCAAGAGCUGGCCAAGUGCCAGGUCGCUCUUGAACAGUUGCGACGAUGCCACCUUAUCCCGUACCCUCAGAGCUGCCCUACUCCGGAUCAGAUGCUGGACAUCAGCAGCGGAAAGGGCCCUGCACUGGCAGGCCAGCCUGGCGAGCCGGUUCCCAGGUGGGCUCCUCCAUUUGGCGUGGUUGACGGUCCGUACGCUCGGCAUUACGCGAAGUGGCUCAUCCCAGACCCGUCCUUUGAUGGCAUGCAGCCCGAGUGGCAGUUUACCGCAGAGUACGCGCGUGGGCGGACCGCCGUCACCGAAGGCAGGACGACGAGGAACAGCUUCACCGAGCCAGCAAUCACUGGCAAGGGCCGACCCAUUCGGGGCAUCGCAGGCCAGAAGCUGCAGGCCUUGUCUAACGGCUAUCCUCAGACUAAGGACAAGGCCGGCCCUUGUGUCUUGAAGCGCUCCGAUGGGCAAACGGUCAAGCUUGUGUGCCUGGACUGCAACCGUGAGAACUUCUCAAGCACGCAGGGUUUCAUCAACCAUUGCCGGAUAGCGCACAAGCGUGACUUCAAAAGCCACGAGGAGGCUGCCAUGCAGAGCGGCCAGCCCAUCGAUGUCGCCGAACCCAACCCUUCUUCUGCCGCCGAAGACAAGACCCCUACGCCGGCGUCGAGCACCGCCUUCGUGCAUCCGCUCGCCCGGCAAGACAUGUCGGACCAGGAGGCGUACCUUGCGCUCCGCUCCAGGAUCCAAGAAUCCCUCAAGCUGUAUCAUGCUGGUAAGCUGCCUGGCGUCGAUCGCAUACCGUCAUCUCGUCGUGCGCAGGGCACCCCAACCGGCCCAAGCACUCAAAAAACCAGACCAUCCAAGUUCGCGGCCGCUUCAGACGCCCCGUACUUGUCUCGCUUGAUGGAAAGCCGAAACUUCAGUGGCAGCCUGCAUGAUCUCGUCGCCGACGCGAAGACCAAGGUGUCGUUCGAGGAUAUCACUCCUGACGAAGACUCAGACGCGUCUGAGACUCCUCCGUACGGCUUCCCGGGCGGUCUUGGCGCUCCUACCGCACGAACACCGGUUGUUAUGCGAGUGCCGGCCGGUAGCGGCAAGUCACCGGCAGUGAAUGCCGGGUCGGGACGCCCGACGAGCAGCAAGGGUCGCCAUCUUGAUGCGCACCUCAUGUCUCCAACCGAUGACGCUGUGAUGCCGAAAGGCGGGUCCAAUGCGGUGCUAUCCGAUGAGGACAUUGACAUGGACGACGCAAACCUCAGCCCCAACACACUGAUCAGCAACAACGCGCCGUCUCUCGUUAGUGACGACGGCGAGUAUGAUGACUCCGAUGAGGGCUCAUCGGUUUCUGGGUCUAGCGAUAACCUGGAAGACGCCUCCAUGUCGGACGUUGCUGAGAUCACGUUGGAUGACGAGCACGAGCCUCGAGCUCUACGCCGUGGAUCCAACAGCGUGGCGGGGCCCGUGAAACUCCGAAAGGACGACGCGAAGCAUGUCACCUUCAUGAGCCCCGUGAAGAACAGUGCCAAGCAGCGAAGGUCCCGCCGCGUCUAG